AUGGCAUCCAAGCAGUCUGUGUUGUCAGGCUUGUCUGCUCUGAAGGAUACCGAUCCUCCUCUUUACGUCCAUCCUCACUACAAGGAGUCCUAUCGUCUGGCCAUCUACGCCCUGCUAUGCGGCGGCAAGGAUGCCUACAAUGACUUCCUCCAGGCCGAGCAGAUCAGCCCCUUCCUGUCGGAGUGGGAAAUCCACUUCAUCCUGGAGAACGCCGAGGCCCCCCUGGUAGAGGAGGACGAGGGCGGUGUGGAGGGGCGGCGCCCCGGAGGCCUCGGGGUCGGAGGCGAGUUGGGCCCGUCCACCUACUUCCCGGUGGAGUCAGACGAGGAGGUCCCUGACCUGGAUCUGGGCUGGCCUGAGGUGGCUCUGGAGGCCCAGGAGACGAGCAUCAGUUUACUCUUCCACCCGCCCAGGGCCAACACGCCCACCAUCAAGGAGGUGGUCCGCAAGCAGAUCCAGGACGCCAAGCAGAUGGUCGCCAUAGCAAUGGACGUCUUCACAGAUGUAGACAUUUUUAAGGAAGUCCUCGGUGCCACGCUGCGGGGGGUGGCGGUCUACAUCCUCCUAGACGAGGGCCACUUCAGCAGCUUCCACACCAUGUCGCGCAGGGCCGGCGUCAACAUCCAAGACCUAAAGAACAUUCGCGUGCGGACGGUGCGUGGUCAGCAGUACCGUUGUCAGUCCGGCGUCAAGUUUCACGGUGGUUUGGAGCAGCGAUUCAUCCUGGUGGACUGCCGCAGCGUUUUGUAUGGAACGUACAGGUACACAUGGUCCUUUGAGAAGAUCAACGUGAGCAUGGUGUUGGUGGUCACUGGUCAGCUGGUGAGCUCCUAUGAUGAAGAGUUCCGCCGCCUCUACGCUCGCUCGACCAUUCCUGUUCCACUGCAGCAAGAGCGGUCGCGCGUGGAGUACCUAAGAGAUGGGACGCUUCUAGGCAGUCCAAACUCCAGUCAACUUUUCCUGCAUCAAAUUCACGGGAGAGUCCAAGGUACUCGGGGCUUCAGGGGUAUGGCUCAGGACGAGCUCUUGGACACGUCCACCGUCAUGAUGAGAGGACUCAGUGUACAGGACCGCCUGCAUCUGUCACACAUUCCCGACCACAUGACGAGGGGCCACAGUUUUGGUGGCGACCUGCAGAAGUUAAACCCUUUCACUCGAUUGAGAAUUGGAACCAAAGACAUCGGACUGCCUGUUGCUCCAGACAGGACAUGUUCUAGCCUGCUGGUACCCAACAGGUUGUCUCACCAGCACAUUCGACACCAAAGUCGCUAUGGUCCUGACCAGAAUUUGAUUCCGUUCAACUCUGAAACAUCCCUCCACAAGUGGAAGAUGGACACUUACCUGAACAGCCAGAUUAACUGUGACGGAUCAUGCGACGCCUUGUCCCCGCUGACCACGCCGUACAGCAGCCGUACGGGCCUGAACGACCCCCAGCUGCAGGGGAUCCACAACAGAUCUAGGGACAUCAAGUCCCGUGUGGAAGAGGCCCGCCAGAAGAGACUCAGUUUACAGGAGUACAACAACCUCCGACAGAGCCAAGAGUCUCUGCGAUCCAUGUACCAAACUCUGGAUAGACCCAUGUUUAUGUCUUCAUUCAGAGGUCUUGACAGGAGGCAAAAUUUGGCGCAGGAGACCAGCAGCCCAGAAGUCGCCAACCACAGAGGGUUUGAUUCAAACCAGGAUAACAGCUACCAUUCCACAUCAUACUUCGACAUUCACACGAGUCCCGAGCAAAAGAUGACACCAGCGCAUGACUCGUAUGAGCAUCUUUCCAGGACCGCUUCAGCCAGCCACCUGGAGGAAAAACUCAAAGACCCAUCCCUCAAGUACCCCGGAAGUCUCCAGCGCCCCAGAACCAUGGAGUCCUUGACUGAAAUCCCCGAGGAGAAAGAAGGUUACAUGAAUCCUGUCAAUAAUACUGAAAUUCUCAAAGAGAUAAACAGAAAUGAAGACAAGACUUCCAAAAUGGAGUCAAGUGAGAAGAAGUCAGAACCUCAAGAGGGAAAUAAGUCGCCUCCCUAUGGGGAAGAAACUCUUCCAAAGACCUCAACUGCCUCCGAGGUGAAAAAUCAUCCGCGGGUGGAAGUGACGCUUCAGCGGAAGAACUCCACCAGGAUGAAAAGCUCGGAUGAAAAGAAGACUUCCAAGAAGGAGGAGAAAUCUCUCCAAAGGAAGGCCUCGCGCUCCAGCAAACGGAAGCAGAAUCCGCAAAGCUCCCGGGAAAAUCUGCAAGAGCAGGAAAAGGCGGUCUACGAGAGCCAGCAGGGGAAAGCCUACAGUCGCUACGAGUCCUUGCUACGUUCUAGCGUCCCUCUGGACAAAGCCAAACGGGGAGACAGAGGGCACACUUUGGGCAACGUGGCGCAUCAAACGCAAGGUGGCACUGACAACAAACUGGGUCGAUUCAUGCAGCGCGUUGGGAAUCUCAUUGGGAAGAACAAAUAGACACGCACAAGAAGGAAGGAGAACGUUGUCAAGGUGCUUGUGACUAUGUGACUUUUGAACGUCUCGUGCACAGACAUUUGUCUUGAGUCCCUGCCUACCCUUUCAGUGUGAAAUUAAACUACCAAGUAAUUUUUUUGUUAUUCGACCCUUUCUGAGUACUUCGGUUUCCUUCCACGUCCCAAAAACAUGCAAGGUAGGUUUGACUGAAGACCCCAAAAUCCCCGUAGAUGUAAAUGUGAGUGUGAAUGGUUGUUUGUGCCCUGCUGUCGGCUACCGACCGGUUCUUACCAAAGACAUACUGUACUGUACGCACGACAUAUUCUCGAAAAGUCACUUCAACUCUUAAACUGUAAAAUAAGAACAGGUUUUCCACAUUAGCGUAUCACUUCACCUUUAUUUGUUACCUGUAACA